UUGAAGAGUGAUCUGUGAAGUCCACCCAGUCCACAACACAAAUAAAAACACAAAAAUAGUCGAAAAAUACAGAAAAACUGAGUAAAAAGCUUUGGUGAGAAAGUUGUAAAUAAAUGUGUUACUUUUAAUUAUGAAUGCAGUUUAAAAAAUCACUUUAUAUUAAGUAUAUAAUAUUUUGUAAAUGUAUCUAAAUACAAUAAGUCCUUAGACCUACUUCGACUUAUUAUUUAUCCAUGAAAACACCUUAAAGUGAAGAAGGAACAAUGAAGACUCAUUCUCUUAGUUAUUUGAAAAUGUUUAUGACAAAAAACAUACGGUCAUGUACACACAAACUUCCAUGUAGAGGAAUUGCAACACUAAACUUUAAUAAAACUCUUACAAAUGAAAGUACAGUAGACCAAAGUCAUGUGGACAAACAUAGCAAGCUUGCGAAGGAAUGGUGGGACCCCAAUGGCAAAAUGAUGGCACUGCAUAGUUACAAUUUACUUAGGGUCCCAUUUAUAAGAGAUGGUCUAGUACAUUAUGAGCCUCAUGAGAGAACCCUCUCACCCUUGUCUAAUAAAAAAAUAUUAGAUGUAGGAUGUGGCGGGGGCAUACUAUCAGAGGCAAUAGCUAGACUUGGAGCUAAUGUAACAGGAAUAGAUGCCAGCAAAGAAUUAAUAGAGCUAGCCUCAGAACAUAGCAAAAUAGAUCCAAAGUUAGAAAACAAUAGACCAUGCUACCAAUGCACCACAAUUGAGGAGCACUCGCAAAAUUUCUCGGACCACUACGACGCAGUAGUAGCAUCAGAAGUGAUAGAGCACGUCGCGAACAAGGAGUUGUUCCUAAAGUCGUGCGUCCGAGCCGUCGCGCCCGGCGGCAAGAUAUUCAUCACGACCCCGAACAAAACGCGCCUCAUGCAAAUCUUCGGCAUAUACGUCGCUGAAUACAUCUUGAGGUCGGUGCCGAUGAACACGCACGAGUAUGAAAAAUUCACGACGCCGAAUGAGGUCACGUUUUUGCUCGAGAGAAAUAACUGCCACGUCCAAGCGAUCCAUGGUCUAAUGUACUACCCGAUUGUAAACAAAUGGCAAUGGACCAGUUCUACCUCAUUUGUCUUUGCUUUACAGGCGGAGAAACUAACUAAUGAAUAGGCGAUAUUUUUAUUUAUUUAUCACACGAGCUUAAUGUAGUAUCAGGCUUUGUAAACGUUUGUUGGUAUUGAAAAAUAUGUAUUAGGCAAAACAUUGUUUUAAUAAAAUGUAAGAUCU